AUGACGAGCAGGGAGGUCCGAGACGACCUCACGUUGGCACAGCAGCUGUUCGUCGUCUAUGUGGGCUCCUCUCAGGGCGCUCCAGAUGAUGGCAGCAGCUCCGCCCCCCUGCUAGUGACCGUGGCAUCUGGGAUGUCAAACCUGAUUGGAGGGAUUCAAGCGUGGAGUUCCGGAAAAGAUGAGGAGGAUUCGGGAAGUCACAACCUGUUCUCGGACUUUGAAAAGGAAAGAGAGGCUGGAGGAUCUCUCAAUGGGUUUCUGGGUUUUAUGGACCAUUUAGCACUGCAGUGUGAGUGGAUAAUGGGUGACAAUAAACUCAUGAAUUCUCUAAAAGCUGAGCAGUUUGACAUUGCGAUUGUAGAUGUGUUUAACCCCUGCUCACUCUUGGUGGCAGAGAAGCUGCAUUUACACUUUGUGACUGUCCACGUGGGGAAUUUUUGGAGUUGGUGCUUGGCUGGAUUACCGAGCCCACCCUCCUAUGUUCCUGCAGCACAAUCUCUGCUCACAGAUCGCAUGGAGUUCUGGGAUCGACUGAAGAAUUCCAUGAUAUUCCUGAGCUCAUCCCUGUUGGAAAGGAUGAUCUUCGCAAAGUUUGAUAAAGCCAUCAAGACUUGCUUCCCAGUUGGAUCUGAACCCAGUCUGCCUGAGCUGUACCUAAACGCUGAGUUAGCAAUCUAUAAUACAGAUUUCACCUUGGAAUUCCCAAGGCCACUGCUCCCUAAUGUAGUCUAUGUUGGAGGGUUACUUUCAAAACCAGCAAAGCCAGUCUCCCAGGAGCUGGAAGAUUUCAUAUUGACGGCUGGAGAGAAUGGCUUUGUGGUGGUGACUCUUGGUUCCAUGCUUGCCUCUGUUAAUCUCCCCGUGGUGUUGAAGGAGAUGAACGCUGCCUUCUCACACCUCCCCCAGGCGGUUAUUUGGCGACACUUGCACAGUCAUUGGCCAAGUGAUGUCCAGCCUGCUCCUAACGUCAUGUUGGUGGAUUGGCUCCCUCAGAAUGACCUGCUCGGACACCCAAAGGCUCGUCUCUUGGUGACUCACGGUGGCCUGAACAGCCUGAUGGAAGCAGUGUACCACGGAGUGCCAGUAAUUGGAAUCCCACUAUUUGGAGAUCAGUUUGAUAACAUGGUGAGAGCGGAAGCAAAGGGCCUUGGUUUGACCAUCCAAGUCAGCCAGCUGAAAGCCCAGGAGCUCAGCAAUGCCAUGGCAACAGUUAUAGGAGACAAACGGUACAAGACUUCAGCGCUGGCUCUGAGCCGCAUUCAUCGCUCACACCCAUUCCCUCCAUCUGAACGUCUAGUCAGGUGGGUGGAGCACAUUGUGCAGCUCGGGGGAGGACAUCACCUUCGGCCCUAUGGGCUGCAGCAGCCCUGGUACCAGCAGUACCUCAUCGACGUCGUUUUGUUCCUGCUGGUGAUUGUUUUUACGAUAACGUUCAUUAUAAUCAAGAUUCUGAAGAGUGCAGUGUGCUAUCUGCGGUGGGGAAGGAAAUCGAAAAUGGCUUGAAGUGACGUGAUCGCUGACCAAUAAUCUCAAAUACUUUUUGCGAUAUGGACUUUUAAAAAAGAAUAACUCUUUAUUUCAUUUUUUGUGUUGCUUUGUAGUGCACCAUGAGGAUUUAAUUAAUGUAUAAUGGCGGCUGUCUAGAUUUUGUACCAAAUCUGAGGGAACUAUGAACAUUCACCCAAUAGCACAUGAUCAUUGUAGCCUACAUCCCACUAUUACCAACCAGUGAGGACAAUCAAUUGUAAAUUGUCUGAGAAAUACAUCAUUUACCCGAGAAGUGAAUUAUUUUACAAAUACAGUUCAUGUGCUUGUUCACUU